UGAGCAUACACUUAGAUGAAGAUUAUCAUAAAAAAUGACACUUAUUCUACUGAAUGCCCAACAUCAAUUCUAGGAACUAUGGCUGAACCAGGUAGAUAUGGCCGGCUGUUCUUCAUCAUCACCAUCAAUGGGGUUUGAUUUUGAUGAGAAACCACAUGUUUUAGCUGUUGAUGAUGGCUUGAUAGAUCGGAAAGCUAUUGAAAGGUUACUCAUCAAGUCUGAAUAUAAAGGACUUGAAGGUGAACCUGAUCAUCACAGACUAUUGCAUGGGAGGAAUGACAGGGAAUCACCUACCAUGAAGGAGAUACCAGUAGUUAUAGUGUCAUCUGAGAACAUCCCUGCUCGAAUUAAACAGUGCAUGGAGGAAGAAGCACAAGAGUUCUUGCUAAAACCUCUUCAGCUAUCAGACGUGACAAAACUGAGUGCCAUACAAAAAAGCAGAACAAUCCAUCACAAGGAGGCUUUGCAGGGGAAGAUGAACAUGCAGAAAAGAUGUCAAAAAGAGAGACAUGAAAGGAAAAAUGUUGAUUUUGGGCAGUAAUUGUAGGACUGCUGCAAUCAAUAGAAGUGUGUUGUACACUACACUGUUUCAUCCCUUUUGUUAACAUCUAAAGUAGUUAUCUAUAUAUAAGGAGGUUUUAAUGCAAGCACAAAGUUGUUUGCCUUUCGUUUCUGCUUAAUUCACAUUUGUAGAUAAUUUCUUAUUUCGAACAUUGAAUUUGUUAAAAUUGAA